AUGUCCUCGAGAGCCCCUGAAAACCCCAAUUCUCUCCACCCAGACGCUGCUUCGCCGUCGGCACCUUCUUCCUUAUACCCUUCUGUCGAGAUGAAAGAACCGGCGGAAGAUAUUUUUCCAGAAGUUGAAAAAUCUCCUCGAAGCCCAAAUUUUCAACCGCAAUCUGCUCCGGCUGACUCGUUGGAAGAAGUUCUCGUCAAAAUCCCGGGUGCUAUAGUCCACCUAAUCGACAAGGAACGCAGCGUCGAGCUCGCGUGUGGCGAGUUCGUGAUCAUCAGGCUCCGGCAAGGGGGAAACGCCGUGGCUGUUCUAGCUCGCGUGGGCGACGAGAUUCAAUGGCCGCUGGCGAAAGACGAGGCGGCUGUGAAGCUCGACGAGUCUCACUACUUCUUCACUCUCCGGGUUCCGUUGGCGAACGGCGCGUGCUCCGGAGACGAUGACGAGAUUGUCGUUGAGCAAGAGAGUGAAGAUUUCUUGAACUAUGGUCUGACUAUUGCGUCGAAGGGGCAAGAGAGCCUUCUGAAGGAGCUGGAUGGAGUUUUGGAAUAUUACAGUAAUUUCUCGGUGCAGAAGGUGAACCAAAUUGGUAGGAGGUCAGAGGCUUUGGAUGGGUCGGUGGCGAGCGAGAUGUCGCCGGAAGAUAUGGAGUCGGAGAAGAUGAAGGAGUUGAUGGAAGAGACUUCGGCAGCAUACUGGACGACGUUGGCUCCGAACGUGGAGGACUAUAGCGGGUCUGUCGCGAGAAUGAUCGCAGCUGGUUCGGCGCAGCUGAUCAAGGGGAUACUGCUGUGUGGGGAUGUGACGGUGGACAGGUUGAAAUGGGGAAAUGAAUUCUUGAAGAAAAGGAUGGGACCUGGUUCCAAUUCUGAGGUCAGUCCAGCAGCCAUGGAGAGGAUCAAAAGGGUUAAAAUGUUGACAAAGAUGACAGAGGGAGCCACAACUGGAAUUCUUUCUGGAGUUGUUAAGGUUUCUGGGUUCAUUACAAGUUCAAUUGUGAACUCCCAACUGGGCAAAAAAUUUUUUAGCCUCCUGCCUGGAGAAAUUGUCCUUGCUUCACUGGACGGAUUUAAUAAGGUUUGUGAUGCCAUUGAAGUAGCAGGAAAGAGUGUCAUGUCAACCACAUCUGUUGUAACAACUGGACUUGUUUCACAGAGGUAUGGAGAACAGGCUGCACAGGCAACAAAUCAAGGGCUAGAUGCUGCAGGGCAUGUCAUUGGGACUGCUUGGGCUGUGUUCAAAAUCCGAAAGGCUAUCAACCCCAUGAGUGUCAUUAAACCCACAGCCCUUGUCAAAUCUGCUGCUGAGGCCAAUUCUUUUGAUCUCAAGACUUAAUACUCCCAAGCACUGCAAGUUGGAGUUUAGUGUGUAUCUUUGGGAAUGAGAUGGAAAAAGAUGCGGGGCGAAAGAUGAAGUUCCUCCCAUUAUGUAGUCCAAAUUUGAUCUUGACACAAGAAUGCAAUACAUCAUUGGAUUGGGCAAA